CUCACACCCCCGAGGGUUGUGCAGUCCGCCGCCCCUACAGCGGCUCCGCCCCUCUGGGCUAGUCCACGCCUGGUUGGGGGACGGGGGUGCACGCGUGGCUCGGUCGACGUGAGCCAUGGCGGCUUGUCCCUUUCGGAGGAGCAUCGCCGCUCAGGGAGUGUGGUCUCAGGGACAUAGUGACAUGGAUUUUUCACCUUGGCUAGCACGUUCAGUUUUCAGGCUACUUUCAAGAGUUUUGAACCUGCCACCAGAAAAUUUGAUAAAGUCAAUAUCUGCACUUCCUGUCUCCAAAAAACGGCCAGUUGCCGAUUUCCAGCUCUUUGUGGGCUCUGUGAUAGAGAACAAGUCUAGUGAUCGUUCAAAGCCAGAUCUUCAGCUUCAAACUCAGAGGCUAGCAGAGAAGCUAAAAUGUGAUACGGUAGUGAGUGAAAUCAGCACUGGUCCAGGAACAGUGAACUUCACAAUAAAUAGGGAAUUAUUAGCAAAGACUGUGUUGCAGCAGGUAUUUAAAGAUGGCUCAGAAUAUGGAAUAAAAAGUGAACUGUUCUCUACGCUUCCCAGAAGAAAGAUAGUGAUUGAGUUUAGUUCACCCAAUAUUGCCAAAAAGUUUCAUGUAGGACACUUGCGUUCCACGAUAAUAGGGAAUUUUGUAGCAAACCUCAAAGAAGCACUUGGACAUCAUGUAACAAGAAUAAAUUACCUUGGAGACUGGGGCAUGCAAUUUGGUUUACUGGGAGCUGGUUUUGAACAGUUUGGCAAUGAAGACGAGCUAAAAUCCAAUCCUUUACAACACCUCUUUGAGGUAUACGUACAGGUUAACAAAGCAGCAGCAGAAGAUGAAAACAUAAGGAAGCUGGCACAGGAUUUCUUUAGAAAAUUGGAGGCACGUGAUGAGCAAAUACUAUCAAUGUGGCAACAUUUUAGAGACUUCAGUAUUGAAGAGUAUGUCCGGAUUUACAAGCGUCUAGGUGUGCAUUUUGAUGAAUAUUCUGGAGAAUCAUUUUAUCAAGAGAAGUCCCAGGAAGUUCUAAAGAUGUUGGACGCUAAAGGACUUCUUCAGAAAACAAUCAAAGGAACAAGAGUAGUGGAUCUUUCUGAAAAAAGAGACCUCUCAUUGUGUUCCACUGUAAUGCGUAGUGAUGGGACAUCUCUUUAUAUAACAAGAGAUCUUGCUGCUGCUAUAGACCGAAUGAUGAAAUAUAACUGUGAUACUAUGAUUUAUGUGACAGAUAAAAGUCAAAACGCUCACUUUGAACAGUUGUUCCAAAUACUGAAGCUCAUGGGCUACCAAUGGGCAGAAAGGUGUCAGCAUGUGUCUUUUGGGCUAGUGCAGGGGAUGAAGACACGAAAAGGAGAGGUGGUUUUCCUGGAAGAUGUUUUAAAUGAAGCUCGCUCAAGGAUGUUACAAAACAUGGCUGCUGCAAAAACAACUAAAGAACUGGAAAAUCCUCUUGAGACUGCAGAAAAGAUUGGGCUUGCAGCACUUAUAAUUCAGGAUUUCAAGGGUCUUUUAUCAUCCGAUUAUCAGUUUAGUUGGGACCGGGUUCUCCAAAGUCGGGGAGAUACAGGUGUAUUCCUGCAGUACACACAUGCCAGACUCCACAGUUUAGAGCAGAUAUGCAGGGAUGGGCAAUCAACUGACAUUAACACAGCUUGUUUACAAGAUCCACAGGCCAUCUCCGUGCUCCAGCAUCUUCUCAGCUACGAUGAGGUACUGUAUAAAUCCUCUGAAGAUCUUCAGCCCAAGCACAUUGUCAGCUACCUCCUAACACUCAGCCAUCUUGCUGCUGUGGCUCAUAAAACGCUCCCUGUGAAAGGCAGUGCCCCUGAACAAGCCCAGGCAAGACUCCGCCUUUUCCAGGCUGCACGUUCUGUUCUAGCUAAUGGAAUGAAACUUCUUGGAAUCACGCCUGUAAGCCAAAUGUAACGAAAAAGCCUCCUGCAAUAUGAAGAAAUAGCAACAUGAGAACCACAUCAUAAUCUAAGGAUAAUACCACUGAGCACAAGCUGCAACCUUGGAGCAGAUGUGCCAUAAAACAAUACGAUAGUGGAAAGGAAGGGAGCCUAGCAUAUUACCCUAUUGCUAUUUCAUGACUAGCAAUAAAAGGCCUUGCCAGAAUUUGUCUGUGUUUCCUGAAUAAAAUCUAAGCGUCUGUGUACUUGGAAGACUAGUUCUAAGUACAGCCCCCACCCCUGCAAGAUUAGCUCUUAAUGCACUACUUAAAAUGAAUGGAGCUGCAUGGCUGCUAAAUUCACUCAGAGGGACGGGUAAAGGAAAAAGUUCAUUUUAUGAAUCAGCUCGAUU